CCCAUCAUCUCCGAGGACAAUAUCCAACACGUGCACCACAUCCUUCUAUACGGAUGUCAUCUGCCGGAAAGUGACAAAUAUUUCGAAAAAUGGAUCGGCGCAGAUGGAGGCCAGUGCUUCGACCCCAACAUGCCCGUCUCCUGGAAGUACUGCUCAAGUCUCAUGGUAGGCUGGGCUGUUGGAGGUGAAGGAACCUUCACACCAGAACACGUUGGUUUCCCACUGGGAGAGGAGCACGGGGAGCUACGUACUUCAUGAUGGAGUUGCAUUACGAAAAUCCUAAUCUCAGGAAAGGCAUAGUAGACAAUUCCGGCCUGAGGAUUUACUAUACAGAGAAGCUGCGUGAACAUGAUGCCGGUAUGAUGAUAUUGGGUCUCAACGUGUCACCUAUGCAAAUAAUACCCCCGGGUCAACAUUGGCUGAGUAUUGGGCAUUGUAGCAGCGACUGUACUGGCCAACAUCUUCCUGAAAAAGGCGUCAACGUGUUUGGUGCAUUCCUUCAUGCACAUGCUUUGGGCAGAAAUAUGACCCUCAGACACAUCAGAGGUCAUAAGGAAUUGCCUGUGGUUAUGCAAGAUCUUAACUACGACUUCAACUUCCAAGAGACCAGGAAUCUCAAAGAGGAAUUGGUCGUAUUGCCUGGAGAUUCCCUCAUUGUAGAAUGUGGACUGGAUUCCACAUCGCGCAGUGGUCCUACUUUCGGAGGAUUCGGAGCCUAUCAGGAGAUGUGUCACAGCAUAUUAUACUAUUAUCCCCGGGUGGAUCUGACUAGCUGUUUCUCAGAGCUCUCUGCUAAGUCUCUCUUUGAUGCCCUGGGCAUAGAGGAUGCCAGUACGCAAAAGGGAGAGAAGCUUGAAUCAUCCCAUGAGUAUGGAAUCGAUCUGGAAGCGGAGACUAAACUAGCAGAGGUGAUGAAAGCCGGAAAUAUGAAUUCCAAAAUGAAAAAACCAGAACUUUUUCAUCUGCUGCGUGGCAUCAUCGUCAAAGCUCCUGCUAGUGAGUUAAUUGCUAUUAAUUAUGAAAGAAAUCUGUUUUAGUGAAUGAAAACUACU